AUGGCAGCACCACCACCAGCCGCACCACCAGCACCACCACCCAGCGCACCUCCAGCACCACCACCCAAGGACACGGCCGAGACAGGCGAGACCAAGACCGCCGUGGAAACAACCACCACGCUCCCCGCGGCAGCCGACCGCGCGGCAUCCGACCCCGGCAAGCCUGGGAGCGCGCCUACCACAAAGCCUACACGCGCCUCCCGCCCGCGCCUCUCGGCGCGCUGGUCAAAGUCGGCCGACAAGGCCGGCGUGACGCUGAAGUCGCGCCGCGCCAACCUGCGCGCCGAGCUGCUGUCGCACGGCUACUCUGUCGCCAACGCUACGCACGUGCCGCUGUACAUCUCGCUCAACCAGGUCGGGCCGCUCAUGUACGAGGCUGUCUCGCCAAACGGCGUGUUUGAGCGGCGCGCGCCGGCACUGUUCUUUUUUCUCGAGGUGCGCGCGUCUGGCGACGCGUACACGCCGUGGUCGGUCGCGUGGCCCAUCCUGGCCGUCACGGGUCCUGUCGUUGCGAUCACUUCCAUCGCGGCUAUCCCUAUCGCCGCCGCGGUGACUGGCAGCGCGACGCUCGCCGGGAUCAGCGCGUCGGUCUACUCCGGCCUCGCGACCGCGUCGGCGUCCGUCGCCGCCGCGGGUACAUCGGUCGCCGCGGCGGGGACAAAGGUCGCAAGCACCGCGGCGCGUCUCUCCCUCUUGCCUGGCGGCAAAAAGCUCCACGGAAAGCUCGUCGACGCGGCCAAGGCGCACGUCGGGAGUUUGCAAGAGUCGGGAACACAGCGUGUGCUGCAGUACGUCACCGCGGCCGUCGCGGCCGUCACGGGCGCAAAGGCCGACGAGCACGCGCCCGGGGCUGUACCAAAGCUCGCAGAGAUCGAUGUCACUGGCUACCCGCUCGACAAGGUGCUGGCGUGCAAGACCGGCAAGCGCAAGCUCGACGCCGAGCUCGACGCCGCGUUCAAAAAGCUCGACUUCAGGUCGCGCGAUUUCCAGCCAAAGACCAACCCCGUGCUGCGCGUCGUCGGCGGGCCCGAGCUGGAAGAGCGCGGCGACAAGUACCUGCUCGUGUUCUACCCCCUGCGUCUCGAGCACAUUGUAGACCUGCAUGCCGAACCGCUCCCGCAAGAGGACACGCCGCCGACGGCUGAAGAGGCGCGGUUGGCUAAAGACGCCAAACUGGUCGACUCGUGGGAGGAGGCGUCGAUACACAGCGAGGACGCGCCGGCGCACCUCGGGCACGACGAGGACCCGAAGAAGCGCUCGUGGCUCAACGCGUGGCGGAGAAAGUCUACGCCGCAGCCAGAGCCGGCGCAGGCUCAGGCGCAGGCGCAGCCGGCGCAGCAGCAGACGACGGCCCCGAAGUGA